AUUAUAUAAUUUGAAGGAUUGGUUGAUUUUGGCAAUAUAAUCGGUUUGGAUAUUUUUGAGAUGGGUUCUCCUCAAGGCUCCACAUUGACAUCAGAUAUGACCGGCCUUAUCGAUGGUUCGACUGCUCGCAGUGAUGUUUCCUUCAUCGAUUGUUUGCCUGUUUAUGUCAAAGAGCUAAUAGCUGGUGGCGCUGCUGGUGCCAUUGCUAAAACGACCAUUGCACCUUUAGAACGGAUUAAAAUACUCUUGCAGACAAGGACUGAUGGUUUCCAAUCUCUUGGGGUUUAUCAAUCCCUAAGGAAGGUGCUAAAGCAUGAAGGUUUUAUGGGAUUUUAUAAAGGAAAUGGAGCGAGUGUUGUCCGGAUCAUUCCUUAUGCAGCCUUGCAUUUCAUGACUUAUGAGCAGUAUCGAGGCUGGAUGUUAGAUAACUGUAAUUUCUUUGGAUCAGGGCCUCUUGUCGAUCUUAUAGCCGGUUCUUGUUCUGGAGGAACAGCAGUUUUGUGCACAUAUCCCUUGGACUUGGCUCGCACUAAACUUGCUUAUCAGGUUGUUGACACCAGGACAAAAUUCAGUUCUGCUAUGACAAGUUUAUAUCCUCGACCUGCAUAUAGUGGCAUAAGAGAUGUACUGACAACUGUUUACAAGGAAGGAGGAAUGCGCGGAUUAUAUCGAGGUGUAGGUCCAACACUGGCUGGGAUCCUCCCUUACGCCGGUCUAAAGUUCUACAUCUACGAGGUAAUAAAGAUACGUGUUCCCGAAGAGCACCAAAAGUCCAUUGUGAUGAAUCUCUCUUGUGGAGCAAUAGCUGGAUUACUUGGCCAGACCUUCACGUAUCCUUUAGAUGUUGUAAGGAGACAGAUGCAGGUUGGAAGUCUUCAGUCUUCAUCGAUUCAAGGUGAUACACGAUAUAGAAACACAUACGAUGGUCUUACUACGAUUGUCCGUAAUCACGGAUGGAGACAAUUGUUUGCAGGCUUGAGCAUUAAUUACAUCAAGAUUGUUCCUUCGGUAGCUGUUGGAUUCGCUGCAUACGACAUGAUGAAGGUGUGGCUCCGGAUUCCACCCCGACAGAAAUCGCAGGCAGCAUCGUCUGGAUAAAGAGAGAGGGAUUUAUAAUGGGUUGCAACGGAAAUCUGAAAACUGAACUUCCUGCUAGUAUUGUAUAAAGAGACAAAUCUUUGGCAACAGAAAAACUAGUUUCACAAAUUCAUUGUGAUU